AUGGCUGAGUGGGGGAGAAAGAUCUUUGUCAUCGGGACUGCCGCUUGCUUCAUCGGGACGGUCCUGCUGCUCGUGAUCAGAUCUGAGGGAUCCAACGGCAAGGUCAGGAGUGAUGAGAUCGAGCUCAUGUCAAAUGAAAAAGGAAGAGAUCAAGACCUUUUCCUGGCCCAAGCUCGCCGGGAAUUUGGACGGAGACAGAGUACAGCAAUGGUAGACUGGGAUGGGGAAGACAUUCAGACUGAGGAAGAGCGAGUGAAAGAGAAGCUGGAGAAGAUAGAAGCCUUCUACGAAAUCCAACCGCAGGUCAACAAACAGUUGCAAUCCUCUGCGGACAUGGUUAGAGCUUACCUGGGGGAGAGAGGGGUGUGGAGAAGCCUUAUGCAUACCGACCUGCUAAAUGCCAGAGGUAGGCUCCACGCGGCAGAGGAAGCGGUGAUGAGGAAGUUCGACUUGGAGGAACAGAUCAAGACCCUCCAUCGCAUCAAGGAGGAGGCGAUUGACAUGCGUCAAAGCAACAGGCAGAGAGACGAAAUACAAGACAAAGCGUUGAAAGCGCUUCAGAACCUCUACACAAGGGUUCCACCAGUGCUUAAGACGACGGCGUUUGAUGAACGAGACCGAAAUGUCCGAGCACUGGCAAGAGAUGCAAACAAGCUGAACGUUGUAUUAGACAGCCAGAGUCAGUCCUACCGCACUUUUAUCAAAGACACGCUGAAAAAGUAUGGCAACACUCUUCGUGCAAGAGGAGACGAGGUGAAGAAAGAUUUGUUUGCUGCACAAGACGGCAAGAUGAGCUUCUGGAGUCGAUUAGCUCGAAAUCUCACCGACACCGCCGAGCAAGGAGUGAAGAAUAAGCUGCGCAUGUGGAAUGAUAUGGUCGUACAAGUUUCCUCGUUGGUUGCGAAAGCGGAAGGUGAGAUAGGAAAGUUGCAGCCGAUGCUGGAGGCAUGGAAGGACGCGAGCUUCAUCAGCAUCUUCUCGCUCAACUCGAGCUUCGCUGACCUCAUUCAGGGCGUCGGAUCAUCGAUGUCGCUCGUCCACAAGGGGAACCAGCAGAAUCUAGAGGACGUGAUGCGAUUGAGAAGGAGACUCAAUGAGCUGAUCGAGAAGAUUGCGGUCGGCAUGCAACCUUGCUUAGGGACCAUGAUGGUGUCACAAGGGCUGCGCGCCAUGCUCUCCAUUCUGCUGGCAAAGAAUGCGAGCCUUUCAAGUGCAGACAGCAAGGCUGAAGAAAAACUUCACAACUCUAGCUCCUUGUUCCUCACAAUCCAGUCCAAGUUGCUAGAUAAGCAGAGCAAGUUGAAUCGUCUUGAAGAGUUGUACAACGAUGAGGCGAUGAAGAAUCUCUCUGUCUCCGAGGCUGCUAAGGUUGCUGCAAGACACUACCAACAAUCCGUACAGAGGAACGAGGAGAGCAAGAAGAACAUCCUCGAUGAGCGGGAGCUGAUCUUGUACAUUCUGAAGCUUUUGAGCCAAAACCAACUUAGACGAGCCAGCUCUGACACUGGACGCCUGCUAGAGAUGGAGAGAAGGAUCGACAGCCUCGACCCGCUGCUGCAGGAUCGCAGGCAAAGCAGGGGCGAGCAGCUCGAGAUCCACAUUGAGGACACGGAGGAGGUCAAGGAGGUGAAGAGUAUCCUGCUGGAGCUGCUCCUGCGGUUGAACGAGCAGCUGGAGCUGCUGGACCAUCAGCUGGGAGUUGUCGAGAAGCUCAAGGAGGAGAGCGAAGCGUUGGCUGUGGAGCUGCAGGCUCGCCUACUGGCGUCGUCAGAGGCGAUGAGGAACGUGACGAGCCGGAUCUCUCUGCUCUCGAGCAUCGUGUCUGACGCUCACAGUCAGUUCAAGUAUCGAUCGUCCGAGAACCUUGCGCUGCAUGAGACGAUCGCGGAGCAGCUGGUGCUGAAUGAAGAGGAGGAGCAGGUGGUGCGGUUGGCCCUGCAGCAGAACGAGGAGAAGGUGCAGUCGUGCAUGAAGGAGCACAAUCUGGAUGCGAUCCCGAAGGCGAUCGGAGGAAACAAGCAGGCGGAGUCUGCGUGGGAGAGAUUGAUCCGCCGCCUUACAAUGCGGAAUAGCAGCUCGCUUGUGAUGAAGGAUGCAGAGCAGAGUAGAGGGCUUCGACUUGGCGAAGAAGCUGCUGCAUCCUCUGUUGACAGACUGGCGCUGAAUGGGAUGGAGGAGGACAUGAGCAGCGACGAGGAGCUUCAUCGUCAGCUGGCAGAGAGCAGGAAGAGAGCUCUGCGGUUGCGACAGUCGCUGAACCGUCUGGUCCACGAAGACAAGGGAGCGAAAAGCGGAAGCAGAGGACGAUGGGGAUAG